GACAGGGAGUCAGUGGGAGAGGAGAAGAGGGGGAGAGAGGUCGGGCAGCAGGGUGCACACAGGAUCGGCAGGUCAGGAGCCCAGAGGGCCUUCGCAUUAGGGGACUUGUAGUGUGCCACAGUUUGGGAUUAUACUGUGAGAGGACUCAAUUCUCGUAGACUGGGAGCUCUUCUCGGGUGGAGGCACCAAGAUGGCGGCCAACGCAGAGGCGGCCAAGCCAGUCAUCAUGAAUGAAGAGGAGCUGAAGAGGAAGCAGAGGGAGAAGCUGAAGAAGCUACAGGCCACGGGAGGCAACCCUAGACCCGCGAGAUCCCUGUUCCUUUUCACCCUCAAGAAUCCCUUCCGCAAGGCCUGCAUCAACAUUGUAGAGUGGAAAACCUUUGAGAUCAUCAUCUUAUUGACCAUUUUUGCGAACUGUGUUGCUCUGGCUGUGUUCCUGCCCAUGCCUGAAGAAGACAGUAAUAACACCAACUCAAGCUUGGAGAGUUUGGAGUAUAUCUUCCUAAUAAUCUUCACGUUAGAGUGCUUUCUGAAGAUAGUGGCGUAUGGGUUUGUCUUCCACGAAGGCGCCUAUUUACGGAACUGUUGGAACAUAUUGGACUUUGUCAUCGUCUUCAUGGGUCUCUUCACCUUUGCUUUGGAUACGAUUAAUAAGAUAGCAGGUGUGCCAAUGGAGAAGGGUGGAGGGUUUGACAUGAAGGCACUGAGAGCCUUCAGAGUGCUACGACCCCUACGUCUUGUCUCUGGAGUCCCCAGCCUGCAGGUGGUGAUGAACUCCAUCCUCAAGGCCAUGCUGCCUCUGCUGCAUAUCGCUCUGCUGGUCUUUCUUCUAGUCACCAUCUAUGCCAUCAUGGGACUGGAGCUUUUCAAAUGCAAAAUGCACAAGACCUGCUAUUACACUGGCACAAAUAUCUAUGCUACAGCAGAGGAUGAGCAGCCCGCUCCCUGUGCUCAGGCUGGUAACGGACGCCGUUGCAUCAUCAAUGGCUCUGAGUGUCGGCCAGGCUGGGAAGGUCCCAACAAUGGCAUCACCCACUUUGAUAACAUUGGAUUUGCCAUGUUGACCGUCUACCAGUGUAUCACCAUGGAGGGAUGGACUAAAGUGCUCUAUUGGGUUAAUGAUGCCAUAGGAAAUGAAUGGCCCUGGCUCUACUUUGUUCCACUCAUUCUAGUGGGCUCCUUCUUUGUGCUCAAUCUGGUUCUGGGCGUGCUCAGUGGAGAGUUUACCAAAGAGAGAGAGAAGGCUAGGUCGCGCGGAGAGUUUCAGAAGUUGCGAGAGCGCCAGCAGCUGGACGAAGACCUCCAUGGCUACAUGGAGUGGAUCACUCACGCUGAAGUCCUGGAUGCUGACCGAGAGGGCAAAGGGCUGCUGCCUUUGACCAGUGGAGAUUCAGACACAGACAGCCUUUAUGGCCUGGAGGGCAAGAGUCGUAUCAUCUACUACUACCGCCUGGCUCGUCGCUGGAAUCGUUUCUUCAGGAUGAAGUGCCUGGUGUAUGUGAAAACCAAGAGCUUUUACUGGCUGGUGAUGUUCCUCGUUCUCCUCAACACCCUGACAAUCGCAACAGAGCACCACCACCAGCCUGAUUCACUCACUUCCCUACAAGAUGUUGCCAGUCGUGUCCUGCUGGUGCUGUUUGUCAUAGAGAUGUUUGUGAAGAUGUAUGCUCUUGGCCCAAGAGCAUAUUUCAUGUCUCUGUUUAACCGUUUCGACUUCUUUGUGGUGCUAUGCGGUAUCUUGGAGAUGAUCAUGUUGUCCGCAGGGGCCGUGGCUCCUCUGGGUUUCUCUGUACUCAGGUGUAUUCGGCUGCUGAGGAUCCUCAAAGUCACAAAGUACUGGACCUCUCUAAGUAAUCUCGUGGCUUCUCUCCUCAACUCUGUCCGCUCCAUCGCCUCCCUGCUCCUCCUCCUCUUUCUCUUCAUCGUCAUCUUCUCACUCCUCGGCAUGCAGGUGUUUGGGGGGAAAUUCAACUUUGCAGACCACAGAGUCAGACGCAGUAACUUUGACAACUUCCCCCAGGCCCUCAUCAGUGUGUUUCAGAUUCUAACAGGAGAGGAAUGGACCAACAUCAUGUAUGAUGGCAUUAUGGCCUAUGGAGGGCCUGUCAUCCCUGGCAUCCUGGUCGCCAUCUAUUUCAUCGUCCUCUUUGUCUGUGGAAAUUAUAUCCUCCUCAAUGUGUUCUUGGCCAUCGCCGUCGAUAACCUGGCAGAGGCUGAGAGUCUGACUUCAGCUCAGAAAGAAAAGGCAGAGGAGAAGCUGAGAAGGAAGCUACUUAGGUCCAAAAUGCCUGACAAGACUGAUGAGGAGAGGGAGAGGAUAGCUAAGAAACUGGCUGAGCAGAGAGCCAAGAUGGAGGGCAUGCCCACCACAGCCAAGCUCAAAAUAGAUGAAUUUGAGUCCAAUGUCAAUGAAGUGAAAGAUCCAUUCCCACCUGCCGACUUUCCAGGUGAUGACGAGGAGGAAGAGCCCGAAAUCCCCAUCAGCCCUCGGCCCCGACCAAUGGCCGACCUGCAGCUGAAGGAAGAAGCAGUUCCACUGCCCGAAGCCAGUUCAUUUUUCAUCUUUGGUCCUCAGAACAAGUUCAGAAAGCUGUGUUACAAGAUCAUCAAUGCUUCAUCCUUCACCAACUUAAUCCUCCUGUUCAUCCUGCUCUCCUCCAUCUCUCUGGCAGCUGAGGACCCCAUCGAUCCCAAGUCCUACAGGAACCAGAUCUUGGCCUAUGCUGACAUUGUCUUCACAACUGUGUUCACCAUUGAGAUUGUGCUAAAGAUGACAGUGUAUGGUGCAUUCAUGCACAAGGGCUCUUUCUGUCGUAACUCCUUCAACAUCCUGGAUCUGAUUGUGGUCGGAGUCUCCCUGCUUUCUAUGGGAAUGGAAUCCAGUGCCAUUUCUGUGGUGAAGAUUCUCAGGGUGUUGAGGGUGCUCAGGCCUCUAAGGGCCAUCAACAGAGCUAAAGGAUUAAAGCAUGUGGUUCAGUGUGUGUUUGUGGCCAUCAAAACCAUCGGCAACAUUGUCCUGGUCACCAUGCUGCUGAAUUUCAUGUUUGCCUGUAUUGGAGUGCAACUCUUUAAGGGUAAAUUCUACAGCUGCACAGACGCGUCCAAAGUGACUGAGGAGGAUUGCCAGGGAUCAUUCUUGAAGCACAUGGACAAUUCCCUACAGGACACAGUGGUGGCUAAGAGGGAAUGGAUCAACAGUGACUUCAACUUUGACAAUGUGCUCUAUGGCAUGCUGGCUCUCUUCACUGUUUCCACAUUUGAGGGCUGGCCAAAACUGUUAUACAGAGCCAUUGAUUCAGAUGAAGAAGACAUGGGUCCUGUCUUCAACAACCGUGUGGACGUUUCCAUCUUCUUCAUCAUCUACAUCAUCCUCAUUGCCUUCUUCAUGAUGAACAUCUUUGUGGGCUUCGUCAUCGUCACUUUCCAGGAGCAGGGCGAGGAGGAGUAUAAGAACUGCGAGCUGGACAAGAACCAGCGUCAGUGUGUGCAGUACGCCCUAAAGGCUCGUCCUCUGAGGUGCUACAUCCCGAAAAACCCUUACCAGUACCGGGUCUGGUACAUUGUCACCUCCUGCUAUUUUGAGUACCUUAUGUUCUUCCUAAUUAUGCUCAACACCUUGUGUCUGGGGAUGCAGCACUGUAACCAGUCGGACCAUGUGACCAAGCUGUCAGACACUCUGAAUUUGAUCUUCACUGUGCUCUUCACUGUGGAGAUGAUUCUCAAGCUCAUGGCCUUCAAAGCGAGGGGCUACUUUGGAGACCCCUGGAACGUCUUUGAUUUCAUUAUAGUCGUCGGUAGCGUCGUUGAUGUCAUCUUGAGCGAAGUGGAUACUGCCCUGGCUGCCAGUGGAGGACUGUACUGUCUCCAUGGCUGUGCUGAGACGAAUCCUAUGCAAGUGAUUGCGGCUUCUGAAAACGCCUCAGUUUCCAUCACGUUCUUCCGACUCUUCCGUGUCAUGCGUCUGGUCAAACUGCUGAACCGUUCGGAGGGCAUCCGUAACCUGCUGUGGACCUUCAUCAAGUCCUUCCAGGCUCUUCCUCAUGUAGCUCUGCUCAUUGUGAUGCUCUUCUUUAUCUACGCUGUCAUCGGGAUGCAGAUCUUUGGAAAGAUAGCCUUAGUGGACGGCACCCAAAUCAACCGCAACAACAACUUCCAGACAUUCCCUCAGGCUGUUCUGAUGUUAUUCCGAUGCGCUACUGGAGAGGCUUGGCAGGAGGUCAUGAUGGCUUCGAUGUACGGGAAGAAGUGCGACCCCAAGUCUGACUUCCUGCCAGGAGAGGAGUACACCUGCGGGUCCAACUUUGCUGUUUUCUACUUCCUCAGCUUCUACUGUCUCUGUGCCUUCCUGAUCCUCAACUUGUUUGUAGCUGUCAUCAUGGACAACUUUGACUACCUGACCCGUGAUUGGUCUCUCCUUGGUCCUCAUCAUCUGGAUGAGUUUAAGAAGAUCUGGGCUGAAUAUGACCCCGAAGCUACGGGGAGAAUUAAACAUCUGGAUGUGGUGACGCUGCUGCGACGAAUACAGCCUCCACUGGGAUUUGGCAAGUUUUGUCCUCAUCGCGCUGCGUGCAAGCGUUUGGUUGGUAUGAACAUGCCUCUCAACAGUGACGGCACCGUCACCUUCAACGCCACCCUGUUCGCCCUGGUCAGGACUGCUCUCAAGAUCAAAACAGAAGGUAACUUUGAGCAAGCAAAUGAGGAACUGAGAGCCAUUAUAAAACAAAUCUGGAAACGCACCAGUAUGAAACUGUUGGACCAGGUCAUCCCCCCAAUAGGAGAUGAUGAGGUGACUGUGGGGAAAUUCUACGCCACCUUCCUGCUCCAGGACCAUUUCCGCAAAUUCAUGAAGCGUCAGGAGGAGUACUACGGCUACCGGCCCACGAAGAAGAGCGCCUCGGGCCCAGAGAUCCAGGCGGGUCUGAGGAGUAUAGAGGAGGAGGCAGCUCCGGAGAUGCACAGGGCCAUUUCAGGAGACCUGCAGAAUGAGGAAGAGAUGGACAGAGCGAUGGAGGAGGCUGGAGAAGAAACUAUUUUCCAGCGUUCACACGGUCUGUUUGGCAACCGAGUGGACUCAUUUUCAGAUGAUCCCGCCAACGCUCAGUCCCAACAGAUGACCAGCCAGCGGCCCCUCAAGUUCUCUGAGAGCCAGCCCGAGUCCCCACCAAACUCCUCUGGCUUGGCGCCCACUACCGAAUUUUUCCCCACAACAGCACCGAAGAGCAACACCAACAACAACGCCUUCGCAGAAUUUUCAUUUGAACGAGAAGGCAGUCCCGAAGAGUUUUACAAUCCAAGUGAGGAUGGAGAGCCAGACAACAGGCGCUCCUGGAGCUUCACAGUGAGAACGGACAAAACACAGUUCCCUUAUGACCCUAACUAUGGUGAUGAUCAGAGUCUGAGCUCCCACACUGCUGCUGACCAGCUCGUCCAGGAGGCUCUAGUAAAGGGCGGUCUAGGCUCCCUGGCCAGAGAUGCUGGCUUUGUGUCUGUGGCUAAGAAGGAGAUGGCCGAAGCCAUGCACAUCCCCAUCACCGAGAUGGAGGGCGUGGCUCGGGGCAUCCUCAACGAACGCUCUGGCAGCGUCACCUCUGUCAAAAAGAGACGUCCCGUCCCCGUCCCUCCUUCUGGCCCUGCCGUGGCCAUCGCACAGGAAACGGACCAGCCAGAUCCGGCUGUGAGGAGAAAGAGACGUCCAAUCCCCACGAUCCCCUCCGAAAAAGAGCUGGCUGAUGCCGACUCCAAAGUUUAGAGGCUGUUACUAGAGUUUACGUGGUUAUCUUGUGGUUGUUACUCUUGCAGGUGGCUCCACCUCACUUCACUUAACGAAGCUUGUUGCCCCUGUGACAAUCUGUAUCUACUAGCCUGGCUCAAGGCCUAAAGGCACGUUGGCUCAGGUUUGAUAUAUUGUCAAGUGUGGUUGAAACUUAACUAAGGAGAAACAAUAUCUCUGAUAAUUAAACAUCUUCUUAAUCUUCAGAUUUAUUGAAACUAAUAAAAACACUAACUUAUCUCAGAGCGAACAGAUUGACGCACUCCUUUCUUUAUAGCAUUUGCUGAGGUUAUCCAUUCCGUAGACUUAAUGGGACAACCAUGUGAGUGAGUUGAGUGUCUUGCUGAAGCCUCAAAGAGGGAGGAAGGAUAGUGACUGGUGACUAAAAUGUCUGAAGUGACUCAGUGAAUUCAGGGAGCAGGCAGCUGUCUUUAUCGUGCUGCAGUUCAGUGAGAACAAUGGAAAAGAGUUUCGGUGCAUCCAGGCCCAGAAAAGUUCAACUGAGCAUUCAGUUCACACUCUUAAAAGGGCUCUGGUGCUAACGAUGCAAGUUGAAGCAUUUUUUUUGUAAAGCAGUGUCCUCUGGUCCACUGGGACUUGCUGUCUUUUAAUCUUUUAUUACUGAGGUUUACUAAGUUUUCUCCUGCUCACAACUGUUCUUGUUUGCAGUUGGUUUCAGCAGAUUUUAAAGAGAAAACAUCUUUUUUUAAUUUGGGACAUAGAGGUAUACUUAAUCUAUGAGGUAAUUAUCCAGAGAUUUAGCUGUAUUAAAGUACUUGUUCGGUUUAAGCCAUACUGUAGUCAUGCAGUGCAUGUGAUUUUUUUUUCACUACAAGUCACUACUGCUACAGGUUUUAUGAAUUUUUCAUUUACAUGAAUAUGUAAGUUUGAGUUGGGGGCAGUUAGUUUGAAUCGUACAGAGAAUGUAUCUUCAGCAUACCUGGAGUAUGGUGGAUUUAGCUUGAAAGCUCACUGAAGCCUAUUAACUAAUUAUAAUUUAUUGCACUUGUUUCAUGUUUUGUGCCUAAAUGCAACAUGACAGGGCUUCCAGAGGACUGUACAUUACAUUAUCCUCUAUCAGUCUGUGUUUUGCCGUCAUACAUAACAUUAUCCAAGGUUUUUGGGGAUAGGUUUGAGUGAACCUUAUAGCUCAACUUCUGACCUUAAUUCUCCCUCACUCCUGGAUCUGUGCCAAUAUAGUUGAUGUUACAUUGGUGUUUACACCAUCAGCAAAAGAAAUAAAUCAUCCAAAACA